AUGGUGGACGCAAGUGUAAACAAAUUUGAAACGACUGUCCUCUCUACCCUACAGCUGGCUCAAGAUGAGCUGAUAAGUGCAGGAAUGGAAAGUUCCCAAACGAAUGAGGCUUUCCGUGAGUUAAAAAUGUGGUUGUCUUCAGUUUCGAAAAGGCAUUUUGGAGGUAUUCGAAAACAACACAAGCACGUGCUCUUGGCAGCAUUUCCCAUGCUGACAAGUAUUUCAAAAAGAUGGUAUAAAACAUUCAUGCGACGAAUGACCCCAAGGUGUGGAGUGAAAAAUCCAUGGAGAGUUAUUGUUUCGGAAAAUCUCAGCAGGGAUCUAUUUGGCAUGGUUCAACAAAUUGCUACCAGAAGCUCUUACGGGGUUACCAUGCACAGUACAAGCAAGCGCAUUGUAAUGGUUUUUACCAGGGAAACGAAGGUGCGACGUCUGUUUUGUGAGAUUAUGGAUUGCGAAAUCGAGGAAGAAAAAUUCGUUAAGAGAUAGGCAAGUGGUAAAAAGAAAGUGCAAGCUAUGAUCAAUGAGGAAAAGGAAUUUGGUGUGUCUUUUAAUUGUACAACUGAGGAGAUCACAUUUGAUUUCUUUUAUGGAGUAUGGAAUGAAUAUGGCUGGCCUCAACAUAUUUAG